UUUUGAAAAUCUAAACCGGAAGACCAUUUAACCGUAAUAACCGGAGGAAGAAGUGGCAGCGGCGGCGAUGAGUGCGAAUACUAAAAUAGUUAUAAUAGGAUGCGGGAUAUCAGGUAUCGAAGCGGCGCGCAAGCUGGUUAACGCUGGAUUUCAGCAUGUGCGGAUACUCGAAGCGACUGCCAGAAGCGGAGGCAGAAUAAAAACAGGAAGAUUGGGUCAAAAUAUCGUUGAGAUUGGGGCAAACUGGAUCCAUGGACCGUCCGAGCAGAACCCAGUGUUUCGUAUGGCCCGUCAGUACGGGCUCCUGGAUCCAGAGGCACUCACCCUGGAGAACCAGGCCAUGGACAUUGGAGGACUUCUCCCCUGGGUUCCCAAUGUCUUCAGCAGUUCAGGUCGGAAGCUGAAUGCUGAGGACAUAUCUCCUGCUCUGGAGAUGUUUAAUGAGCUGCUGAAUGAAAGCUCAAGAUUUCCGAGUCAAGGAGGAGAACCCUGGGCUAGUAUGGGAGAUUUCUUACGGUCAGAGGUGCAACUACGAGCAGCAGAGAAGUGGAAAGAUAUUGAUGCAAACACCAGAUCUCUGCAACUGUGUGCAAUCAGCAGCAUGUUGAAAGUGGAGUGCUGUGUUAAUGGGACUCACAGCUUGGACGAGGUGGGCCUGGGGGGCCUUUACAAGACUCUACCCGGACUGGACUGUACAUUCCCAGGCGGCUAUGAAGGUCUAAUCGAAAACUUGAUGUCGGAGCUCCCCAGUGGUUUAGUGACCUACAAUUCGCCUGUGCGCUGUGUCCACUGGAACAACUCGGAGAAGAGAGAAAACCCUGUGACGGUCGAGUGCGAUGAUGGGAAGAAGAUCGCUGCUGACCAUGUUAUUGUCACAGUAUCUCUAGGAUACCUAAAGAAGCACCAUUCAACUCUGUUCCAUCCUCCUCUCCCUCUGCACAAGCUGCACUCCAUCCAAAGACUCGGUUUUGGAACAAACAAUAAAAUAUUUGUGGAGUUUGAUUCACCUUGGUGGGAUGCUGACUGUGAGGUCAUCUACUUUGUGUGGGAAGAUGAGGGUGCCAUGCUGGACCAGGUGCCAGAUGUACAGAGAUCCUGGAUAAAAAAGUUGUUUGGCUUCACUGUGCUCAAACCCACUGAAAGGUAUGGCCAUGUUCUGUGUGGCUGGAUUGCUGGGCAUGAGUCCGAGUAUAUGGAGACACUGCCUGAACAGGAGGUCAUGCAUGCCAUCACACAACUUAUUCGUAGGUUUACAGGGAACCCUACCAUCACCCCGAGGAGAGUUCUGCGCUCCCAGUGGUUUCAUGACCCCUGGACGUGCGGGUCCUACAGUUACUCUGGAAUAGGCUGUUCAGCACAGGACCUGGAGAACAUGAUGGAGCCUCUGCCUGCAGAGGGAUCACAGGCACAACCCCUGCAGGUGUUGUUCGCUGGCGAGGCCACUCAUCCCUACUACUACUCCACCGUACAUGGAGCUGUUCUCAGUGGCUGGAAAGAAGCUGAUCGGCUCAUCUCUCAUUACUCCUCCAUCGGUCCACCUGAGCCGGCAAAGUCAAAGCUUUAAAAGAAUGCCGCUUUGACGAAAAGAGAUUCAUCAGUUGAUUUCGAUGAUUGUGUGGGUGCUGCUGUAUAGUUAAAUCAGUAGCUUAAAAACUGCCAGACAGUGAGGUGUGAUACUGCUGACCUUAUGCUGUGGAUUUCACUGCAUUAAAAUACAAAUGACUCGGUCAGUACUGUCAACUCGCGAAGGCAAUCUACACAAGUGCUCGAUACAGUAAUUAUUUUUUCAUUUAAUCCAUUUAGGAUACAGCUUUAAAUAUUAACUAAAGAAAGGCACACCAAGAAAUCUUGUUUACAAAUCAGCCUAAUAACACUGCAGUUAUAAAACAUUUUAACAGUUCCUUUUUAAGUCAAUAACUGAAUUAAUUUUCACAUUUAUUUGCCAAACAUUUUAUAAAAUUCUAUUUCUGUCACUUAAAAGUUUGAUUUACUCAUUAUUUUAUUGUUUGUAACUCACAAUAUGUUGCCUUACCCUUUGCAAUUGCGCAAACUUGGUUCUCACAUUAUGAUUAACUUUGAGUGAUAUGGUGAGACAUACAGACAUACAUGGUCAUAGAAAAAUGUUGGACUGGGGAGCUCGAAGGAAUUUUUGUUAGAGUUAAUAUAUUAUCGAAAAUUACAGGCCAGAGCUGUCAAGUGAGAAACUCCCUGACAGAAACUUCCCAUGUAAUAUACAGUAAGUAUGCCAGAAGUAUUCUGCAGGAAGAGAAACAUUAAAGGGAAACUCAGGAAGUAUGGAAUAGAAGAAAUUUGUCUAAAAGUUUUAUUUAAUCUUGGGCUGGGGAAGCUUGAAGACCUGGGAUUUCUAUCUGUCUCUUUGUUGUGUUUUGGGUUUGAAUGUGUAUCUUUUCUGUUGCUAAUUUUUUUUAUGAUACUGAAGCUGACCUCUUUCUUUUCGUUUGUAUGAACGCGGGAGUUGAAUAUAAGGGAAAAAAAUUAUUUGUCAGAUAUCUGGGUUCAAUUUUUGUAAUAAAUCUCUCUUUGGCCAAUA